GAAUUUUUAUAAUUGUUGGAGAAUUUGUUGCUAAUUAAUUAAAUUUGUGAGGAUUAUAGAGAUGGUUUUCAAUUUUUUUUUGCUUCUAUGAACGAUUAUUCGUUGUUGUGGGAAUCAUGGAGAAUUGAAAGUUCAUUGGAAGUCCACGAGGAGAACACACUGUGUAAUGUUUUGUGAAUAAAGUUGAGAAGCACCAAGUACUAAUUUAAAAACAAUAAACAAUGAAGACUAUGAUGUUGAAGAGAGUGGAUGGAAUGAUCUGUCGCUGUUUCUAUAUUUUGAGGAUGAAUCAUACAAAAACAAACGCCCAAUAUCGCACCAACGAUCGCAAUAUUAUGGAUAAAGAGAAGCAAAUCCAUCCUUAUCGUAAAAUUCAUCCUUGGAAGACGAAAAGUGGAUUUUCUGAGAGUCUUGCUGACUCUGUCAUUUAUAACAAAGAUGGAUUGGUGGCAAUCAACAAACCUUAUGGAAUCUCAUCGAGGACUCCAGUAGGCGAUGAAAUACCAGUGAAUAAACUCCCAAGUAGAAUCCCUGGUGAAGUUAAUUACACUGUCAAGGAUGCCUUACCAGCUAUUGCGAAAAGAUUGGGCUACGAGUCCCUCAGCAUUAUCAAAACACCUGAGAAGUUCACUAGUGGAGUUGUUCUACUAGGAACUUCUGAAAAAAUCCAUAAAGAGGUGGAAAAGUCCAUGAGGAUAGCACAGGGUGCACGAAUAUUGCCUCGAACGUUCUGGGCUGUUACUAGAGAUGUUCCUAGGCUAUUAGAGGGAGAAAGCAGGGUGGCGAUGGAGUUAGGUCGGUUUAUGGGCAGGAAACCUGUGCCACUGAUUAUCAACAAAUGGAGCAACAACGCACAUGAACGAGGGGACAUAAAAAUUCUGAACGUCCAGUACAAGGUUCUCUGCCAUGGUACUUACAAUUUAUCAUCACUACUUGAAAUAAAAUCAUCGACAACAAUGUGGCACGCUGUUCGCCUCUUCGCAGCCAUUGUUCUUUACGCCCCGGUUCUAGGGGACGCUAUAUACGGCUCGAGGAUUCAGGACAUCAUGAAGAAGAAGGUAAUUGUGAGUCCUGCGGUCGAUGCGGCUCACGCACCCCCAAAAAUUAACCCUGACCUGCUGACUCUUCUCAAGAUUGGGAAGAACAAAGAUUCGAUGAUCCCAGUGCAUAUGCAUCACCGAGAAAUGUAUCUCCCUUCGUUCCUGAGGAAGGGCAACGAUGUUGUUAUUACAGCACCUCUUCAUCCUGAAUUUCUCUGGACUUGUAGGCAAUGCGAAUUUAAUGAAGAUAUUUGGGAGAAUCUUCCGAGCAAUGAGGCGAGUGAACAUAGGUCCCUUGAAAAACGUACCAAUGAGACAUGAAUAAACAAAAAAAUUUCAAGAUUGUAUUUUAUUUCCUGGGUUUAUUUCUGUAAUUUUGGGAUGGAGAAGGCCUUAGGGAAUUACACUCAUUUAUUUUUUUAUUCUGACUAUCACGAUGAGGUGGGUUGAAUUAAAUUAAUAAAUGAAGCUAUCCAUUAAUUGAUAA